CCUCCGCGCGCCAUUCCUCGGCGUCCUCCGGCCGCGCGCCCCGCCAGCCGCGCCUCGGCCAUGGCAGGCCUGGUGCCGCGACCCGCCAAGGGCUACCGGGUGGUGCUGCUCGGGAGCGUGGCCGUGGGCAAGACGUCGCUGGCCACGCAGUUCGCCUGCGGCAGCUUCCCGGAGCAGUGCGAGCCGUCGGUGGAGGACCUCUUCAGCAAGGUGAUCGAGGUGAACUCGGCGCCCGUCCUGCUGGAGAUCGUGGACACGGUGGGCGCCGAGCACCUGGUCACCCUCAAGGACCUGUACAUCAAGAACAGCGACGGCUUCGUGGUUCUCUACAGCGUGUGCAGCGAGGCCUCGUUCGAGGCGGUGCGGCCGCUGCGGGAGCGCAUGGGCCGGCUGCGGGGGCCCAAGGCCGUGCCGCUGGUGCUCGUGGGCACCAAGGCCGACCUGGACGCCGAGCGCCAGGUGCUGACGGCGCAGGGCCGCGCGCUGGCCCGCGAGUGGCGGUGCCCGUUCCUGGAGGUCACGGCCAAGAGCAAACUGAUGGUGGACCAGGUGUUCACGCAGGUGGUGCGCGAGAUGGAGGCGCUGGCGCCGGCCUAGGAGCCCUGGCGCCCCCACCAGUGCCCUGGACGCGUGGCCCUCGGCUCCGUUCGUUGGCUGAUGUGCCGCGGCGACUUUGUAGUGUCUUCGGUGCUUUCUCUGAUUUCUGAAGCUCAGCGCUCCUUCCCUGCCUUUUUAAGGAAAGUUAUGCGCCCCCAAGACAAGUGCCGGUGACCUCGUCGGAACUCAGACCAGCGCUUAUGACGGCUUGCCUGGAAACUCGGCCACUUUGGUUACCUCUUAAGGGGCUACAGGAAUCCAAAAGUCCGAAUUGUUUUCCUGGAUGGAGAGAGUACCAGCCUUUUCUUCAAACGGGAUUUGUUACCGGAUUUCCUCCCCCCGCUUUUGAUAAUUAAUGCCUUCAGAUGCGUGAGACCUUUGAAAUUGAUGGAGGAACAUGAACUAAAGACUUUAAGCCUUGGAUUCUGUGAAGUUUUCAUGUGUUCCUCUCUCAUCUGCAGCCUUGAAUUGCAGCAGUAAGAUUUUCCUCUCUGCGUAUUUCUGAAUAUAGUUAUGACAUACACAGAGUUGGUUUGAAAGGGAUAUUUUCUACCCUGGGAGGGGAACACAUAGCUGCUCACACAGAUAGCUCAGCCUGCCUUCAGCUCUCUAGCUGACAUCUAGUCCAUUUUGCAUCUGUACACAGAGUAAAAAUAAAGUGAUUUUUAAAGGUGACAGUUUUAAA